UCCUUAUAACAAUAGAACAUCUAGUUCUGCUCCCAGCUGCUCCUGCCACAGUGAAAGUAGUGGAAGUAUGAAGAGGGUUCAUGGAAAAGAACAAAAAAGAGCGAGUGGGUCUUUCUCUAAUCUUGUUUUCGGACAUGUUCCAUCCCAAUUGGAGGUUGAAAAUGCGAUUAAUGCUCUUUUGAAUUUUAUGAUUGGGGAAUCCUCAUCUGGGUCAGCGUUGAAAUGCCUCCAGCAGAAGCUGGAUUGCUCUGAUCCAAGACAGCUGCUAUCUCAUGGAUGCAGAAGAGUUUAUGAUGCUUUUCGAUUGCUGCAAACAGAUCCUUACAUUAAGAGACUAGUGCUUUCGCUAGCAACUGAUAAAGCUGUUUGGGAUGCGAUUAUGAAGAACGAGUUGGUUCGAAUGCUUCUAAAGUCGCCCUACACAGUUGAUUAUGAAAGGCUUCAGUGCUCUAAUGAAGAACCAGACUUGGUUACAAGCAUUGUGAGGUGGAUUUUGGAUGCCACAAAAACAAAAGUUGUUGAGCUCAUUGAGAAAUUUCUGUCCCUAGUGAAUGAGCUAUUUCAACAACCUCCAAAGGGGGAGAAACCCACAAAUGGUAACAAGGAAGAAACAGAAGAAAAAGUUAGAUCCUCAUUGCUUCUCUCCAUUGUGAUCCUCAUCAUUGUGGUUGUGGCUCGAGCCCAAAAUGCUUGAUCAUCAAAAAUCAGCAAAAGAAUGUUCUAGGUAUAAAUCGCGUUUUAGAUUGAUCAACAUAAAGAGGUGAAGGUGCCGUUAAUAUUGAUUUCAUCCUCUUUUAUAUAUAUUACUUAGAUUGAAGAACAGUUUUGUCUUUUGAAUAAUUUCUUGAAGACCUACAUUUGUAUUGGUCGUUUGUGAUUUAGACUGCAAUAUGAAAAAUUGAUGUGGUAGUUUUGUACUUCAAUAAUAAUAAUAUCACUCGCAAUA